AUGCAUGGCACCAGCUGGCUGGGUGCUGUGCUCUUCCUUGGGGUACAGCUCCGAGCACUGUGGCCUGCGGCAGCCAUGGAAGUUCACACUUCCAAGGAGGUGAAUGCUGUGAACGGCACUAACCUGCGGUUGAAAUGCACCUUUUCCAGCAGCAGCCCUAUUAGCCAGCAUCUGUCCGUGACCUGGAACUUCCAGCCUGAGGACCUGAGCUCUCAUGAGCUAGUAUUAUAUUACCUGCAGGAGCCCUACAACCUGCCUGAAGGACGGUUUAAGGAGCGAGUCACCUGGGAUGGGAAUAUUGAGCGUAAUGAUGUUUCCAUCAUGAUCUGGAAUUUGCAGCCCACUGACAACGGGACAUUCACCUGCCAGGUGAAGAACCCACCAGAUGCUGAUGGGGUGAUUGGUGAAGUGCGACUCAGAGUUGUGCAGAAAGUGCAUUUCUCAGAAAUCCACUUCCUGGCAGUGGCCAUUGGGUCUGCUUGUGUUCUGAUGAUCAUUGCAGUGACAGUUGUGAUUAUCUGUCGACACCAUCGGAAGAAAGCACAGGAGAAGAGGAUCGAGGUGACAGGAACUGAACUUAAAGAAAAGGAGAGUCUGAAGACAAGAGAAGAAAAGGAAGACCGUCCAUUAGAAGACUAA